AUGUUGAAUCCGUUCGUGUCCCUUUUUGUACUGCAUCUCUUCAUUCUGAGUUUGACUGUGUCUGGAAGGGGAAUGUUUCAUAAAAACCGUUUACAGAAAACUUCGCGUUCUGAAGAACCGAAAAACUCUCCUGAAACGAAGGGUCCAAAGAAGCACUUUUCGAGUCUAAUUCAAGGAGGAUCAGCUGAAAAGCACAAUGAAUUUCAAAUUGAACCAUUUUCAAGCAAGGAAACAGAACGCAAACUUCUUCCAGAGAAGAAAGAAGAUGAAGCUGAUGCUUGCCGAAGGGUGCCGAUGUUUGUGAGCUUUUCGGAUCUUCAGAAUAGUACCCUAUUUGAUCUAGUCAUUGCACCUUCGGGGUUCAAUGCUUUUAUGUGUGUGGGGAAGUGCAUCAGUGGGGAAGCUAACAAUUAUUCACUGAUGAUGGCAAUCCUGAACUCAAAGAACAAGAGUUACCCAACUUAUGGUAGCAGGUCCUGUUGUGUCCCAAUAAAGUGGCGAUCAGUCUCUUUAUUGGUGUUUCAGCAGGAGAAGGUUUUAUUGAGGAAAUUUGAUAAUAUGAUUGUUCAGGAAUGCGGGUGUAUUUGAAACUUUUUGGUCCUUACGAUUAACUGUUAAGAUUUUUGUGUAGUGUCGGGCAAAAUUUAAACAGAGGACACCUUGUUAAGGCCACCUUCAUGUAAUUUACGUGAGUUUUCGUUUAGCGAAGGUACUGCUACCAAUAUAAACAAUGCUGAUCUGAUUAACAAUUGUAUUCUUUUAAAAA